AUGGAGGCAGGUGACGACGAUGCCAUUCGCGCUCUACUGGUUGAGGCCUUGCUCUGCGCGGCCGACGCGCAGCUGGCCGAGAGCUUCUUGGCAGAGUGCGAGGAGAAAGGCCGCAGAGCGGAACGCGAUGGCGCCCUGCUGGAGUUUGUGUUCGCCGACCUCGACCGACGUGCCUUCUUUCAAGCAUCAGUGACGCUUGCAGCCUUCUUUGCCGAUCAGUAUUCGAUGCAUGAGGGAAGUGACUUCAAGUUAAAGGUGGUGAAGGGGGCCCAUUCCGUGCUGGUGGCCUUUCGAAGUUCGGACUAUGCCGAGGCUGUGAAACAAACAGCCUCUGCACUGGCGAAACUGUGUGCCACCGGCUCGAUGUCAUCCGUGGCAGCUGCGGCCAUCAAAGGUGCAGGGGACAUCAGUCCUGAGGCCGAAGAGCUACUGGUUGGCGUGCGACAAGAUGCAGAGGUCCUAAAAGCACGGCCUGCGCGGCCUGAGUGUGACCAAGCCCUAAAAGACGCUGCUGCACGUGCGCGAGGGGAAGCACCAGCGAUUCCCGUCAAGACGCAGUCAGCACUGCCACGGGCUGCCACAGCAAGUGCGGCGGAGGAACGAAGAUCGACCACAGUUGCAGGCGGCAAAGGCGGCCUCUAUACCGGCAAAGGGCAAGGAAAGGCGGCAGCUGCGCCAGGGAAGGGAGAUAAAAAUGGCACCCGUGUGGAUCCUGAUGUGUUCAAACUUCCCAAAAGUUCGGCUGAGCUGCAGAGAGAUCCCGAGAAAGCAAAGACCUUUCAAGAGGAUUUGAGGACCUUCGCACGGAACUUCAAAUUGUCAGCUGAGCUGGUCGGAAUGGACUACAUCCAGCUCAAGCCGAUAGGCUUCGUUCCUCAUGACACAAAGCAGAAGGCACGGGAGGAGCUCCGAAUGCUCUUGGAGUUCCACUUUCCAUCGACCUCAAGGCCCAUUCCAACGCGCCAGACCCAUUUGCGAGUCCACCCGGAGCAUGGUGCUGGUAUCGAGCUGACGGUUUCGGAGCAGGGCUAUUUGGUGGAUUUCGUGGAGGACUUUCCGGGGCAAGACCUGUCUGUGGGCGAUGUGAUCUUGGAGAUCAAUGGUCAGAAGCUGGCAGGACUGAGUGAAGCAGAGAUGGAAGACAAGUUUGGAGCGCACUUUGGCGACGGUGCGAAACUCACCAUCCAGCCUGAGAGGUGA